AUGGAUGGAAAAACAGUAGAGUGUACGCAGUACACAGUGCAUGCCGAGAGGCGGGGUCGUGGCGGCAGCGGAAGCCCAAGUAGCGACACAAGUGGGAGAAGUAGGAGUGGCAGAAGAGGAAGUAGCUGCAAAAGGGGCAGACGCAGCAGAAGUGGUCCAAGUGGUCGAAGCGGUCCAAGCAGGCGACGUGGCCAAAGUCGCGAUGCUCGCGACAGCUGCGAUCGCCCAGGACGACGAGCGCGCCGCGCAGACCGAGAGGACGAACAGCGCCAUUCCAUUAGAAACAGGCGAUCUGAACACAGGUGCCAGAACAAACAAAUGACGUCUCACGGCAAGAGGAAAACGCGUGCCGAUCAAACCGAACUCAUGCAAAGCGAAGACGAUGGACGUAAAAGGGAACACAUUUCCAAAAAAUUAAAACGCAAAAAUCGUAGUAGCAGCAGAUCACACACAAAUGAAGAACCAACAUGGGAAAGAAAAAAAAAAUAUUAUCAAAAGGAAAAAAAUAAAAUGUUCAGAGACAGCAGGCGUGCUGAUCGUAGCGGGUUCCCCAGUUAUGACAGCAGUAGUGAAACGGGCACGGGACAGCAUAAUGAAUAUGAUAACCGGCACAGGCGUCACAGAGAAGACAAACAUCGAAGAGACAGCAAAAGGGAUAAGGACGAUAUGCAUAGUUACGACCACGAGGAGAGGGGUAAUAGUUCAGAAAAUGUCCAUGUAAAAAAAGACGAACAGAAAGAUGCUGAAGAAGGGGAAGAAGCAAAUACAAAUGAGCCAAAGGAAAAGAAGAAUUUCAACCCCUCGGGGUUACUUGCACAGGACAAGAAGUAUAAAAAUGGAGUAGAGUUGAAGUAUAUUGAAAGUAUAGACGCCGAGCUUCCGGAUAAGAAGUGGAGAUUGUACGUGUUCCUCAAUGCCAACACGAAAGAUCCUGCGGAAAUACUCCACUUACACCGCAAAUCAUGCUACCUAAUUGGAAAGGACGAUUUGGUGGUAGACAUAAAGCUAGCAAAUCCCAGCAUAUCCAAGCAGCACGCGAUAAUACAAUUUAAGAAGCAUGAAAGCGAAGUUCUGCCCUUUCUCCUGGACCUGAGUAGCACCAAUGGGUCAUAUUUGAACAACGACCUAAUCGAGCCUAACAAGUACUACGAAUUGAGACAAACUGACAUACUACGGUUUGGAAGUUCAGCGCGAGAAUAUGUCCUACUUCACGAUUCCUCGGAUGACCCUGCACAUGCCUGA